UCAGAUAGCCCAGCUAUGAAGAUCCAUCAGACAGUCCUGGCAGAAUUCAUUCGUGGGUUUUCAGUUUACACACGUGUGCAGACAUUCCUUUUAGUCAUGUUCUUUUGCUCUACCUUCUUACCCUUCACAGGUAACCUGGCUAUCAUGGGUCUGACAUGGGGGGGCAGAUAUCUCCACACCCCUAUAUACCUUUUCCUCAGUGCACUCUCUGAGACCUGCUAUCCAUUGACCAUCAUCCCCAAUAUGCGGGCAGAUUUACUAGCCAAGCACAGAAGCAUUUCGACCAUACGUUGUAGCUUACAGAUGUGUUUUUCCUUGGGACUCAGUGGUACUGGUUGUAUCACCCUCACUUUGAUGGAAUAUGAGCACUUUCUGGCCAUCUGCAACCCAUUCAGGUAUCCACUACUUAUGACCAACACGCUAUGUACACAACCUGUGGUCUCUACUUGGGUUGGAGGCUUCUUUAUUUCUCUCAUAGAAACUGCACUGAUAUUAUGGAGCUUUUUGUGUAGGCCUAACCUUGUCAAACACUUCUGCCAUAUGCGGGCAGUUGUGAGGCUGUCUUGUCUAGACUCGACCUCACAGAGUUUGUGUAACGCCAAUGUCGGUGUCAGGCCUGCUGGGCACAUUUUGCUGAUCAUCCUCAUUUAUGUUUUCAUUCCUUCCAUUGUUCAAAGCAUCCUAGCUGAGGGCAAGCAGAAGGCAUAUUCUGUCUGUGCCUCCUACCUCACAGUGGUCAUCAUUCACUUUGGUUUUGCAUCUGUUGUUUAUCUGCAGCCAGAAGCCUCAGGGGGUGACACUGUCAUUGCCAUCCCUUAUGUGUUCAUUACUCCUGUCCUUAGCCCCUUCAUAUUUAGCCUCGGGAAUAAGACAUAG